AUGACGGGUUAUAAGAGGCAAAUGAGCCAAGGUGUAACACAUGAAGACCCUAACCCUGACAUCCGAGCAUUAGCUACUGUGGGAAUGAGAAUUAGAAAGGCGGUAGCGGAGGGUUAUAGCGUUCCAAGCAACGUACUGAAUAACAGCUUUCUGCGAGUUCCCUUACCUUCAAACCUUACGAAGCCCCCAGGAUUAACGAGCUCAGGAUCAACUUUUGAUUCGGGUUCCAAUUUGGCAGAAUGGAACGAGAAGCUUUCGACGCCUUUGCAAACUAUAGAUGUUCCUUCCACUGGAAAUAAAAGAAAGUUGGAUGAGAUGGCUCUGUCAGAUGUUAAUUUGAACCAAUAUCAGGAAAAAUAUGGCGCUUUAAAGUUCAAUGAAGAGUUUUGA